GAUGCCAAACUGGGGAGGAGGAAAGAAGUGUGGCGUGUGCCAGAAGGCAGUGUACUUUGCCGAGGAGGUGCAAUGUGAAGGCAGCAGCUUCCACAAGUCCUGCUUCUUGUGCAUGGUCUGUAAGAAGAACUUGGACAGCACCACUGUUGCUGUGCAUGGAGAGGAGAUCUACUGCAAGUCCUGCUACGGCAAGAAGUAUGGCCCCAAGGGCUAUGGCUACGGGCAGGGAGCAGGGACCCUGAGCACUGACAAGGGCGAGUCUCUGGGAAUCAAAUAUGAAGAGGGCCAGCCCCACCGACCCACCAACCCUAACGCAUCCAGAAUGGCCCAGAAAGUCGGAGGUUCUGAUGGGUGCCCUCGCUGUGGUCAAGCGGUGUAUGCAGCAGAGAAGGUGAUUGGAGCUGGAAAGUCCUGGCACAAGUCCUGCUUCCGCUGUGCCAAGUGCGGCAAAAGCCUGGAGUCCACCACCCUGGCAGACAAAGAUGGGGAGAUCUACUGCAAAGGUUGCUACGCCAAGAACUUCGGUCCCAAGGGCUUUGGCUUCGGGCAAGGUGCCGGGGCGCUUGUCCACUCGCAGUGAGGCACCAGGAGCCGGGCUCUCUGCUCGCUCAGGGCUUGUCCAGACCAGCCUGUGCUGCCCGACCCUUCCCACACCCACAGUGAGCAUCUUCACCAUCAUGAAUAACCACCCGCUGCUUCGCAGCACGAGCCCCUUCCUCCCAGCCCUGACCCAGCGCACCCUGAAGCUGUGGGAGUCCCAGCAUCGUCCCCAUCGGGUCC